UCAGAGGCUUAAUCCAUGAUGUGGACUUGGCAACCAUAUAGGCGCAUUGAGAGCGAGUUGGCAAAGCAGAAAACCUGGGCUGUUGAAUACUGACCUCUGCUUGCAUACGAAGAAAACUUAAAGGACUAUGCUUUUGUUCCAAGAGAUAGUAUUUGGCAUUUUAAAAUAAAUAAAAUAAAUUUUAUUUUUAUGACACAAACGCCUAUAAUGGCCUGUAAUAUUAUUUAGUAACACAUAUCUGCUAGUAAGUGUAGACUCCUCAGGUUCUUCUACACAUUUCUUUAAUCGGAAACAAAAUGGAAGACACAUUCAAAGACGUUAUUCGGACUAAUAAUGUCCAGGGACUAUGAAGAGGCUGGUCACUCAGUAGGGAUGUUGGCUGCUGUGGAACAUGGGCCUGUCCUCUGCAGUGACUCCAACAUCCUCUGCCUCUCCUGGAAGGGCAGAGUUCCUAAGAGCGAGAAGGAGAAGGCUGUGUGUAGGAGACGCUAUUAUGAGGAAGGCUGGCUGGCCACUGGGAACGCCAGGGGUGUCGUCGGUGUGACGUUCACCUCCAGUCACUGCAGGAGGGACAGGAAUACCCCACAGAGGAUUAACUUCAAUCUAAGAGGCCACAACAGUGAGGUUGUGCUAGUCCGAUGGAAUGAGCCCUUUCAGAAGCUUGCAACGUGUGACAUGGAAGGGGGCAUAUUUGUGUGGAUACAAUAUGAAGGCCGAUGGUCUGUGGAACUGGUUAAUGAUCGGGGGGCUCAGGUAAGUGACUUCACCUGGUCCCAUGAUGGCACCCAGGCUCUGAUUGCUUACAGGGAUGGCUUUGUGUUGGUUGGCUCCGUCAGUGGUCAGAGACACUGGUCGUCUGAGAUCAACCUGGAGAGCCAAAUCACCUGUGGGAUCUGGACCCCUGAUGAUCAACAGGUGUUGUUCGGUACAGCAGAUGGUCAGGUGAUCGUCAUGGACUGCCAUGGGCGUAUGCUCGCACACGUCCUGCUGCACGAGUCAGAUGGCAUCGUUGGCAUGUCCUGGAAUUGCCCGGAUUUCCUAGUGGAGGACAGUACGGAGAGUGACACAGACUCGGAUGACAACAUGCCAAGUCAAGUGCGUAAUGUGAAGCCCCUACUUACUGUGAGCUUCAUAUCUGGAGACAUCAGCCUCAUGACCAACUAUGAUGACCUUUCACCCCAUAUUAUCCACUCAGGACUAAAAGAUGUGGAGGUGCAGUGGUGCUCUCAGGGGGACUUGUUAGCUGUGGCAGGAAUGGAGAGGCACGGGCUUCCUUCUGACUCAGCCUGUGCCUCCAUAAUGAGAAACGCCCUUGUGAAAUUCUAUAAUGUUCAAGGAGAACACAUAUACACUUUGGAAACACCCGCACAGAGGCCCAUCACCACUAUCUGCUGGGGCCACAGGGACUCACGGCUGUUUCUGGCGUGUGGGCCAGCACUGUAUGUGGUGCGGGUUGAGCACAGGGUGGCCAGCCUGCAGCUCCUGUGCCAGCAGGGCAUAGCCAGUGCCCUGCGAGAGGAGAAAGACGUGGGCAAAUUGAACAUGCCCUCCCUCCUCUGUUCCUAUGUUACCAGUGCAUUCAUCCCAACUAUCAAGCCUCCAAUUCCCGAUCCAAACAACCUUCGUGACUUUGUCAGCUACCCCACAGCAGGGAACGAGCGAUUGCACUGCACAAUGAAGCGCGCAGAGGAGAAUCCCGAGGCAGGAGGGCCAUGCUACACCCUCUACCUGGAGCACCUGGGCGGGCUGGUGCCCAUCCUAAAAGGACGUCGCAUCAGCAAGUUGCGUCCUGAGUUUGUAAUAAUGGACCCCAAAAUGGACACUAAAGCAGAUGAGGUCUGUGUGAACGGUAUGAUGUCCUACAUGACUGACAGCUGCAACUGCUCUGACUCCAGUGACAUUGAGUUAAGUGAUGAGUGGGUUGGGAGAAAGUCACCUAAGCUUUCCAGAAGCAACAGGUCCCCUAAACUUCCCAGAAUCAACGUGGAAUCACGAAAGUCUCCAAAACUAGCCCAAACAUCUCAAGAAAUGUCCAGGUCUCCAAGAUUACCAAAGAAACCUACCAUACGAUCUCCAAGUCUGACCCGCAGGGAGUUUCCUCUAGAUGGAAUAAGUGAGCAUAGUUAUCUGGCUCAAGUCACGUCUAAUAUUUGGGGGACUAAGUUUAAGAUUGUGGGACUUGCUUCCUUUUUGCCUGCAAAUUUGGGAGCAGUUAUUUAUAAAACCAGUUUGCUGCACUUGCAACCACGUCAGAUGACAAUCUAUCUACCAGAGGUCCGGAAAAUUUCACUGGAUUUCAUGAGUCUGCCAGUCUUCAAUCCCAAUGUGUUCAGUGAAGAUGAAGAUGAUUUACCAGUGAUGGGUCCUUCAGGGGUGUCAGGAGAUAACCCUCCCUGCACGGUUAAUAUUCCCAUUGCUCCCAUACAUAGCCCUGCUCAAGCCAUGUCGCCCACACAGAGCAUAGGACUUGUCCAGUCUCUCUUGGCCAAUCAGAAUAUACAGCUUGACGUCUUGACCAAUCCCACAGCCACUGCAGCAGCGGUGGCAGCAGCCAACGUAACGGUCUCUGAUCAUAACCCAGACAACGUGACCGCACAAUACACUGUACCAACGAGAUACUCCAGUCCUGGACAGGUCAUCUUCAAUGGCCUAGAAAUGGGGAACCUUUUAAGCGGCACACUUCCACCACCUCCACAUCAUCUUCCACCACAACCCCAUCAGCAACGGCAACAGCAACAGCAACAGCAGUCGGAGGACCAUCACCCACCAUCAAAACAUCAACAGCAGAACCAAACACAACAGCAGCAUCUGAAGUUGCAACAGCACCAACAAGUGCAGCAGCAGCAUCAACAGCACAUGCAGCACCAACAGCAAAUGCAAACACAGCAUCAUCAACAGAUCCAACAGCACAUACAACAGCAGCAGCAACAGCAGCUGCAACAGCAACACCAACAACAACUGCAACAACAACACCAACAGCAGUUGCAACAGCAGCACCAACAGCAGCUGCAACAGCAGCACCAACAGCAGCUGCAGCAGCAACACCAACAGCAGCUGCAGCAGCAACACCAACAGCAGCUGCAGCAGCAACACCAACAACAGCUGCAGCAGCAACAGCAAUUGCAACAACACCAACAGCAGCUGCAACAGCAACACCAACAGCAGCUGCAACAGCAACACCAACAGCAGCUGCAACAGCAACACCAACAGCAGCUGCAACAGCAACACCAACAACAGAUGCAACAGCAGCACCAUCAGAUGCAGCUACAGCAUGAACAGAUGCAGCAACAGCAGCAGCAACUUCGACAGCAGAUUCAGGAGAUGAGGCAGCAGCAGCAACAGCUCCAGCAACAGCACCAACAAAUACAGCAGCAACAUCAGCAGAUGCAAAGGCAACAUCAACAAAUGCAACAACAGCUAAAGUUGCAAAUCUCCCUACCACCACCUCCGCCAUCUGCAUACACUCCCAUUUCUGUGCAUCAGCUCCAGAUGAUGCCUCAGAUUCCUCACUCAGACCAGCCACCAGACAGAGGGGAGCAAACACAUACUCUGAAAGCUCCUUCUAGACCACAGUCAUUCAUCGAAAGUGACGCCUCCCUUGAGAUUCAGAUACGUAAAAUGAACCCUCCACCCCCAUACCCAGGCACGGUGGUGUCCACAGCAACAGCAGCUGCUGCAUCUCCUGCGGCCCCUCCAGGCUUGAUUGGCGGCAGUGAGAAUGCUAACACUCUGUCAGCAGACUCAUGCCUGACUAAGGAUGAGUUCUCUCUUCAUCCAGUUGGCAUCCAGUAUCCGACUCCUUUGGGCUACGAAAGGAUCACAACUUUUGACAGCAGUGGAAAUGUGGAGGAGGUGUGUCGCCCACGUAGACGUCUUAUACGGAACCAGAAUGCCUACAGCAUGCAAGGAAUGGGUAGCUCAGCUACACUCAAAGUCACCUCAUCAGAAAACAAGAAGGUCCAGCUUCCUUACAGCUCAGCAACCCUCAGCCGCCUUUCUGUGCCUCGGUACUCUAUACCAAGUGGAGAUCCUCCACCAUACCCAGACCCUGCUAACCAGAUAAAUGUAAUCAGGAGUCCAACACAAAGGAUCGAUGGGAGCCUUAUCCAUGCAACUCUGAGACGUGAUCGUAGAGAUACAUCUCUGAAGAUUUCUCAGAUGGUGGACACAGCAAGGACUUUGCCAACCAAGUCUAAAGUCAACAGUGCCCUUGCGCUCUCUUAUCAGCCCAGGAUCCCUACAGCUUUGUACACCUGCACUCAGUGCAGCAGUAACAGCAGUAGCACUAGUGUGAGCGUUAGUGGUGGUGGGACCAACAGCAGCGGUAUUGCAGGUGGUACGGUGGUGCGGCAGGAUUUUCCCCCUGGCAAAGGGGCCCAACACAGUACCAUUAUUGUGCACUCCAAAAGCAACUCACCUCUGGCUUCACAGUCUUCUUACAACCUGUUGAGUCCAGUUGAGAACAGUCGAGACAGGACCGUGUAUAUAAACUCUGCCUUUACUGAAGAUGAGACCCUUAAUCAACAAUGCCAUUUGGAAAAAUCAGUACGCCAAUUAACACUUGGGGAUGUCAGCUUAACGGUGAAGCGGCCUCCUCCUUACCAAUGGGACUCUCCUACUUCAGACCAAAUGUGGAUGUCCCAAGAUCAAAACCUAUUGACUAGCCCACCUGGACCCCACAAAGCACCCCCACUUUUAUCUAGUCAAGCACAGUACUUAGACAUAACCAGACUGCCUUUUGUCCUCUCAACAAAGCCUCCCUCCAGUCCCAGUACUAUGAACCUGCCAUCAGCUUAUCAGAUUUCACUUUCACCAUUCCCUCCCAGUGUGGGACACAAUGGACCUCAGCUUCAGUCAUUGCAAAAUCCUCCACCAUCAUGUGGGCCCACUGACAUGGUAACAUCGGUCCCAUUUAGCCAGCAGGACCCAACUCUUGUGUUGCCCCCUGGUUAUGCGAAUAAUCUGGCCAGUCUAUCUUGUUGCCCGCUACCACCUAUGUACCCUGGGGCUAGCUCAUGCACCAACCUUCAGCUUCACCCAAUGGCUUUACAUCCUUGGGCCACUUACAGUGCAUGCGCUCCCAUGCAGGACAACUCAGCAACUUUACCAAGUAAGAUGCAUCCAGGCCUUGAGAAGCCAGUUCUCUCCCCACCUCCAGCACCUCCUCCCCCUCCACCCCCACCUCCUCCACCUCCUCUCCCCCCUCCACCCCCUCCAGCUGAACUGAUGAGCCAUCAAAGCACCUCAGAGGUCUUAGCUGACUCUGGUGAGAGUUUUCAGGAACAGUCAUCACUUAACGAGAGUCCUGUUCCACAGGGGUCAGAUAGGUUCAGCAAAAAAAGUCGCAAGAGACUUGACAGCAGGGCAGAAGAAGCAAACAUGUCCACCAAUUUGGAGAGUAAAUCAAAAAAGGAUGGCCGCGCACUGUCUGACUUCAACUCACUCAUCUCCAGCCCACGACUUGGUGGCAGAGAGAAGAAGAAACCUAAGGGUCAGAAGGAACAGCUGAACAAGACCAAAAAAUUGAGUAGGACCACAAACGAGUUCCAGGAUAGCUCGGAAAGUGAGCCUGAACUUUUCAUUAGUGGUGAUGAGCUAAUGAAUCAAAGCCAGAGCAGUAAGAAAGGCUGGAAAAGCAAACGUAGCCUGCGCACAGCAAACGAACUGGAGGAGAUUAAGUGCCGCAAGGCAAACGAGAGAGAGGACCGAGGCCUGGGAAGCCAGGGAUUUGUAUACGUCAUGGCCAACAAACAGCCAUUGUGGAAUGAAGCCACCCAAGUCUACCAGCUUGAUUUUGGAGGGAGAGUGACGCAGGAGUCAGCCAAAAACUUUCAGAUUGAGCUGGAUGGGCGACAAGUAAUGCAGUUUGGCAGAAUUGACGGUAAUGCUUACAUCCUGGAUUUUCAGUAUCCAUUCUCAGCUGUACAAGCAUUUGCUGUCGCCUUGGCCAAUGUGACUCAAAGGCUUAAAUAAAGAACUGCUCCAGUCAUCUUGUUCAGAGACAACACAGUUAAUGUUUGUUGAUUGUACAUUGUGGAAAAAGGAUGUGCAAUGCUCUGCGUUGCCGUAAUAUGGUACUGCUUGUGUUGUGCUGGGUCAGACAGGUUAUAGUCAGGAGAAUUUGCUUAGUCAAAUACAUAGUUUUUUUUUAGAGGCAUUAAAAGGUAAAGACAUGGUUGAAAGGACCAUAUUAAGCACUUGUUGUCAACUUACAUAGGUGAAAAAAGUCAACUAUAAAGAAUGCAGGGCCACUGCAAAGAAAAUAAAUGGUAAGUGAAUGAUGAAAAUACAGCUAGUACAGAUCAGUUCCUAGUUAUGAUUUUUCUUUUGUAUGUGUAUGUUUCAUAACAUUGAUAUUUGAAAGGCUAAAUAAUGAUGUGCAUGCAAGACAAAUAACAAUUCUCUUUCCCUGUUAUGGUGGGAUUCCCUUAUUUCUGUUACCCUGUGCUGAUAGGAUUCCCUUACUUCUGUUACCCUGUGCUAAUAGGAAUCCCUUACUUCUGUUACACUGUUCUGAUUGGAUUCUCUUACUUCUGUUACCCUGUGUUCAUGGGAUUCCCUUACUUCUGUUUAUCAUGUGAUGAUGGGAUACCCUGUUCUGAUAAGAUUCCCUUUCUUCUGUUACACUGUGCUGAUGGGAUUCCCUUACUUCUGUUACCCUGUACUGAUAAGAUUCCCUUACUUCUGUUACACUGUUCUGAUUGGAUUCCGUUACUUCUGCUCCCCUGUGCUUUUGCGAUUCCCUUAAUUUUGUUACCCUGUGCUGAAUGGAUUCCCUAUAGAAUACUGAGGAUUUUUGCUGCCGUGCUGCAGGUUAUUUUCCAACCGUAUUGUGAAAUUGACAGAUUACUUGCCAUUGCCUACAAACAGGAAGUGCCAUGGGUGAAAAUAACUUAUUUAAACGGUUCUAUCUGUAGUAUUUCACUUAGUUGAGGCUUAAUAAUCAUACACCAGGCAUUUCUUACAUUUAGUUUUUGGGCCAUUACAAUGAAUGAAUCCACUGCCUUGAUAGUUAAUAGGUGUCCUAAUUUGUUUUUAAUAUGUCUCUUGUUCCAUUUUACUGCAUUAUUAGCACACUUUGUUAUAGCAACAGUUUUCUGUCCCUGUAUAAAUCUUAAAUAGAUUUAUGAAUAUCAUGAAGCUGGGGUGUUAAUAUCACAGGAAUAACCUUAAAAUGUUGAUUUGAUCAUAAUACCUAUAUAUCGAUAAAUGUCACCAUAUACUAUAAAACCUAAACUUAAGUUUAUACAGGGUUUGAAAAGUAUGUUCACAAUGACACUAAUACAAAAUGUAUAGUGUUAUUUUUGACAAGAAACCUCUCACAUUAAGAUUAGUCUUGAAAUACCUUAUAAAGGAGACAUGGGUAGUUUUAAUGCGGUAAUGCUCCCUGGGAGCAAAUCAUAAUAAAAUUGGCUGCCACACUGAUUGCUGGAGAUGGGACACUUUUCUUGGCAGAAAUAAGGAACAGUGUCGAAGAACAUUAUACUGGCAAAGUGAUUCUUCACUGCAAGUCCUAUAUAGUCUGGUUCCAGGUUUUUCAGUGGCUGGGAAGGUGGCCCUUGGUAUAUUGAUUCUGUAUGUCAGGAAAAAGACUAAACAUAUUUAUUAUUUUAAGUAUGCAAUUUUUGCAGCUGAUUCCUAAUGUCAUUUUAUUGAUCCUAUUUAGUUAAUUUUUCAUAUUCCUUGUAGCUAAACAUUUGCUGAGAGUCCCUGUGUCAACAGAAGAUGGUUGAUGUGAGCAUUCUGUUCUUGGUGUUGUAUAUGCUUUGAUGAUUUGCAAAUGCAGCAGUUUCUAAUUCUAUUAUACUGGAGUAUGCAGGCCCAGUUUGAAUUGUGUGGAAUGUAAGGCUUUAACUGUGCUGUUGCUUUAGUAUUGUUAUGUACAAUAAACUAUGAUGAGGCUUGUUA